AUGGUACGACUUUAUGGAAUCGUGAUCGCGAAGAAAAACGGCGACAAAGUUCAAAAAUUGUGCGAAGAAAUUGAUGUCAGUACUUUUGGCUUCUUCCAAAGAAAUUCUGUUGGAGAGUUUAUCAGAUUCACCCAUUCCAUUGUUCUCGAAAGGACUCCUCUAAAUGACAGAAAGUCAGUAAAACAAGAUGCAUACAUGGCCCAUUCUUACGUCGGUCCUGAUGGUCUUUCCGCCUGUUGCAUCGCUGAUGAAGAGUACCCAAAAAGACCGGCGUUUGUCAUGCUUGGCAAGGUAGUAGAGGACUUUGCCGCAGCGCAUCCAAAUUGGAGUAGCAUCAAUUCAGUCGAAUUCGGAUUGAAGGACAUUCUUACAAGAUGGCAAGACCCUAAAUCGGCUGAUUCCAUCAUGAAAGUGCAGAACGAGCUCGAUGAGACAAAGCAAAUAGUCUCCGAAACGCUCGAAAAGAUUCUCGAUCGUGGCCAGAAGCUUGACGAUCUUGUCAGCCGCAGUAACGAACUCUCAGAGCAGUCGAAAGCAUUCUACAAAACCGCCAAGAAGACCAACUCAUGGUGCUGCUCAAUCAUGUGA